GGGGCGGCGCGCGGCCGGCCCCUGGGGAAGGGAGCGCGAGGGCGGCGCAGCUGGCAGCUGCUGCGGCUUUGCAGCCCAGGGAGCAUGUCCGCAGGCCGGGCCAAGAAAGUGAAGAUGGCCACCAAGUCCUGCCCGGAGUGCGACCAGCAGGUUCCCGUUGCGUGCAAAUCCUGUCCUUGUGGUUAUAUAUUUAUUAGUCGCAAGCUCUUGCAUGCAAAACGGUCGGAGAGACUGCCGCCCUCUGCAGAUAGCAGGGGUGAAGCAAAAAGAAGGCGGACAGAAAGAGUUAAAAGAGAGAGGAUAAACUCGGUGAUUAACAAAGACUUGGAAAACCGGAGAAGGUCACGAUCCAACAGCUGUUCAGAUCACAGUAGGAGAGGAAGGGGGCGACCGAAGACUACCACAGCCAAAAAGCAUGAAGAAGAAAGAGAAAAACAAGAGAAAGAAGUUGACAUGUAUGCAAACCUCUCGGACGAAAAGGCUUUUGUGUUUUCGGUGGCCUUGGCAGAAAUAAACAGAAAAAUCAUCAACCAAAGACUGAUUCUCUGAUUAUCUCUUCGGCUCAGAUGCUGUCAGCGGCACAGAAGCCGAGUACUGGAUUUCAGAUAUUUGGUGACCUCUUGAACAGCAAAUCCUCUCAUCUCUGUCGAUGGAGGAGAGAGAGGGCAGGUCAUACAGUUUCCUGGUUGAAAUUCUGCUGUGGACGGUGGUUUUGGAAAUCUACAGACUGUUAUUGAACCAGCUGUCUGCCGAGAAGCAAAGCAUUUAGCACUUCACCUACAGUGGAAGGAAACAAAAGCGAAAUCCUUUAAAUUCUGCAAAGACAACUACUUCAAGAAUGCACGCAGUUAUGGACUGUUAUUUUUCCUUCUGGAUUCGCUGCCCAAAAUGCAAUAUCUUAAUUAACUUAAAUUUCCUCUAUGACAUCGAUUUCCAGCUCUUUGAAGCUUACCUGUGUAUAGUUCUAAUCUUUUAAUAAAUCGGUAUUUUAUGGACA